AUGACAAAACUUUUGUUCGGUAUUUUGGUUGGUGCAGGCGGAAUAUGGAAGUUGAUGGGCACUAUUAGUGGCGGAUCUACUGUAAGCGAGGAAACUAGUGGUAUAGGCAUGGGAUGGAUUAUGAUAAUAUGCAUAGUAAUUAUGGGGUGCAUGAUCUUGAGCACCAACGCUGAACAAAUUAAACGUAAAGCCGAAGAACAAGUUCCUGUGUUUGUAAUGGCAGUAACCAUCUUAUUUCUUGUUUACAUCCUUUACCUUAAAGGUACCUUUUAG